UUUUUCGCCGGCUUCGUGCCAUCUCUAUCAGCACUGAAACAAAACACGCGCAAAAAAUAGAAACUGUAUUGUUUAUUUGAUUUGUUAGCACACGAGAGUCCCUAAAUCCUGCAGAGAUGGACAUCCUUUUGGCCAACGUGAGCGGACUGCAGUUUAAGGCGGAACGCGACCUCAUCGAGCAGGUGGGCGCCAUCCCACUGCCCUUUUACGGAAUGGACAAGUCCAUUGCGGCGGUCUGCAACUUCAUCACACGGAAUGGCCAGGAGUGCGACAAGGGAAGUGCCUGUCCGUUCCGACACAUCCGCGGGGACAGGACUAUCGUAUGCAAGCACUGGUUGCGAGGCCUGUGCAAAAAGGGCGACCAGUGCGAGUUCCUCCACGAGUACGACAUGACAAAGAUGCCCGAGUGCUACUUCUACUCGAGAUUCAACGCCUGCCACAAUAAGGAGUGCCCUUUCCUCCACAUCGAUCCGCAGAGUAAGGUCAAGGACUGUCCCUGGUACAAAAGAGGCUUCUGCCGUCACGGGCCCCACUGCAGGCACCAGCACCUCCGGCGGGUCCUCUGCAUGGACUACUUGGCGGGCUUCUGUCCCGAAGGACCGGCCUGCAAGCACAUGCAUCCCCACUUUGAGCUCCCUCCGCUGGCAGAACUGGGUAAGGACCAGCUCCACAAGAAGCUGCCCACGUGCCACUAUUGCGGUGAGCUGGGCCACAAGGCUAACUCUUGCAAGCAAUACGUUGGCAGUCUGGAGCACCGUAACAACAUCAACGCGAUGGACCACUCGGGACACUCUGGAGGCCACUCUGGCGGGCACCCAGGCUACUCCGAACACUCGGGACACUCCGAGGGCAAUGAGGACAACUCCACCAGACACCACAGUCAGUCACAUGGACCCGGCUUCGUCAAGGUGCCCACGCCGCUAGAGGAGAUCACAUGCUACAAAUGUGGGCACAAGGGACACUACGCCAACAAGUGUCCCAAGGGCCAUCUCGCCUUCCUCUCCAACCAGCAUAGUCAUAAGUAGAGUAUUCUGCUCUGUACGGUUAAAUGUAAGAUUGCACGGGAUGUAGAUUGCCGAAAUAAAGGUCGAAUCGGGUUCCUCUGGCUUACACACGCCCAGGGAGCUGAUGAUCCCAACUGCCGCAGGGAAGCCGAUUGUAUUUCCAUUGACCAUUUCGCGUUUGAAAAGAAUGCCCUGGAAAUGUCUCGUUACUGCCAGUAAAUUGUAUUUUGUUAUCAACGAAAUAAACUCUUCCAUAGA